ACAAGCGUUCAAAGACACCAGAGGGGUCGAAGUUGAAAACGAAAAAAAAGCCCACAAAAAGUAACUGCCAGGUUAUACUCGAACUAAUGUGCUUAUUAGCAUAGUAAAACUAGCAUACCGAACGUUAGCAUAACGCCAACGCACUAUGCUUCAGGCAGAAGCUGGAGAACCGCUUACCUGGAAAGUGGCAACUCAACCGGAACUCUAAAUGAUGGCGUCCCACAAAGGGAGCAGUCAUGAUAAUUACAAGCACGCGAGAAAGGAGCGAAAGGAGCAGCUGGGCCCUGCACACCACUACGUGAUCAAUAUGCUGGCCCUCAGGCUGAACUUGGCACCGUCAGUCGUGGAACAAUUCAUUCUGGACUUCUCGCUGGGUCCUUUUGACGGUUUCUUUGCCAUGAAUGGAAGUGCUACCCUUUCCUUUGUGUACCAAGAGGACAAACAUCCUGGGAUGGAGUGUGGUCGUGCAAUUCCCGGGCCCCAGAGAGCACUGCGUCUCGCUCACGGCAAUUUAUCAGAGAGGGCCCUCACGGGCAUCUAUUGUGCCUUCACGCGUAUCCGAGUGAAUGUUGCUGUGACUCCAGACAACAUACAUCAGGAGACCUUUUUUUCCAUGUUUGAUGCCCGUGAUGGCUUCCCUAAAGCCAUCAAGAACAGCUUCAACAACCUGCUCCCCAGUUUCCAAGCGCUGCUGAAACUUGACAAGUCUAAGCACAGAGCCAAGAUUAAGCCAGACUUUGAGCACAUCUUCAAGCAUAGUGUGAUGGGCUUAGAUGUAAUCCAGAUGAGCUAUCAGAGUGUUAAACUGACUGAAGCCAAGAGCGUUGACUUCAAUAAAAUAGCGUCCUUUGAAGAUAUGACGUUAGCAGCUGCAAACCCUGAGAUGGUAAAACAGCUGGAGGACAUUCUAAGACAGUGGCAUACUCAAAUUGACCGGGUCCUGCUGGAGACUCAAGCACUGAAGACAGGUCUCGUGUCGGAGGGGCCGCUGAGCGAGCUAGAUUAUUGGAGGCAGGCGUUCUUGAAGUUCAACUUCAUCCUCAGUCACAUCAACGGUGCAAAGUGCAAGGCGGUCAUAACCGUGCUCAGACUCAAUCGUUCCAAAGCACUGCAGAUGUGGCCCCUGCUGGAAGCUAGGGUGACAGACAACUACAACGAGGCCAAGGACAAUAUCAAGUUCCUGGGCACGCUGGAGAAAGUAUGCCAGGCUCUUUACACCAGCGACCCGGCGACCAUCGUGAAAAGCGUGCAGAACAUCAUCAACGCGGUUCAGAUGAUCCACACGGUGUCCCGUUACUACCAUACCAGUGAAAAGAUAUCAGCCAUCUUCAUUAAAGUCACAAAUCAGAUGAUCAUAGCAUGCAGGUGCUACAUUUCCAACAACGGCACACCAAUAUGGGACCAGGAUGGUAAAGAUGUUGUGAUGAAAAUACAGGAGUGCCUUGGUUUGUAUCAGGAGUAUGAGUCUUGCUUGGAAAAAACACAGGAAAAAGCAAAGGAGAUGCCUGGACAGAGGCCCUUUGGGUUCUCGGAGAUGCAUGUGUUGAGGAAGUUUGAGGUCUUCUGCAAUCGCCUCGAACAUAUCACCAAAAUAAUGUCAGUGUUCAAGACGUUCGAGUGCCUGGCAAAGUCCAACAUUGAGGGCAUCGAGACUCUGGCCGGUCAGUUCCGCAAAGUCUCCACUGACCUGAAGAACAAGCAGGCGGACAUAUUUGCAUCGAGGACGGUGGCGUUUCAAGCCGACUUUGACACAUUUAUGUCUCACAUAAGUAACCUGGAGGAGCAACUAAAGGGUUUCAUGAACUCAAGCUUUGUCAAGUUCGACUCAUCCCAGCAAGCUCUCGGCGUGAUACAGCGUUUUCAGAAACUAAACAUUCCCUGUCUAAAGGCGGAAAUGCCCAUUGCGUUGGGUUCUAUUCUCCAGCUCUACGUCUCAGAAGUAGAGGCUGUGUCGAAGCUCUUUGAGAAGCAAAACGAGGACCCGCCCUUGGGUCGAAACAUGCCGCCUGUCUCUGGGAGGCUUCGCUGGGCCCGACAUCUCUAUAAGAAAAUACACGAGCCCAUAUCGUACAUACGUGAAAACUCUGACAUCCUGACCACCCCCGAGGGACGCACUGUGGUCAAAAUGUACAAUCAGACCACGGCCUUGUUGCAACACUUCGAGGCGGACCACCACAAAGCGUGGACAGCCGAAGUGUCAAAACUGGAUUUUGCCUUGAAUACAACACUCUUGAUUCGCUGCACUGUGACGGGAAAGUACUUGGUCAACUUUGAUCCCAAAAUAAGCAAAGCCAUUCAGGAGGCCAGUAAUUUGGUGAAGAUGGGCCUGGACGUUCCCAAGCAGGCAUUGCAUUUCCUCAAGAUAGAGGGCCAGUUGAAGACCUAUCACCAUCGCCUUCACACCAUUUUGAUAGCCUACAAAGAAACUUGUGACAGCAUACCAGGGGACUUUACCAACCUGAUGACAUCAAAGACCAACCAAAUGGAGUCCCUGCUUCGCUAUGGUUCAGUGAUGGUCACAUGGUCAUCCCUGCUCCUGGACAAGUACCUCAUAAAUAUUGACAAUGCCUUGUCUGAGCUUAAGCUAAUCUUGAGUAAGGUGAAAGACAUCUGUAAGUUUCACAUUGACGACUACGUUCAAGAGCUCUCAGAGAAUGUUCUCAUUGAGCUGCCUGAAGAUCGAGCCUCUGCAAUUCAGCCCCUCAUUGAGGUCAAUGAGAGUCUGUGCAAGAAUGGGGUCAAGACACUAGAGUUUAAGUGCUUACACGUGAAGGAAGCGGUGAACGAGUUGGGCAAAAUGUUUAACGCCAUUUACAAGUCAAAGCAAACCAAGACGGUCCCGGACGGAAUCGGCUCUGCAAAGAAGGAGACCCAGAGGACCUCCGAUGCACCUGAGGCACCGACAUCAGAGAGCCAAGAUAAAUACAAAGCGACACGGUUUGAAAAGGACUUCACAAAGCAAUACGACUCCUUCGGCGCUAGGAUUUUGGAUGCAUUGGUGGAAAGGACCAAGUUAUCCCUGAAGAUCUUGGAGAAGAGAAUUUGUGGCAAUGACUCUUUCCAGAAGAGGGCUGACUCUGGCUGUGUCCCAAUGAUGAAAUCUGAAGUGCAUCUGGAUGCACCCAAUGUGGUGAUGGUCCCCACUGUAGACAAGAUUCAUCAAGCCAUACUUGAAAUCAUUGAAUUGAUCUUGGAUGUGAACAAGGGGAUUCAAUGCUGGGAGGUUGAGUACAGACAUGAUCGCCCCGCUACUGAUGGUCGACAGAAGUUAAACUUCUACAGUCGCGUUAUUCAGCACGAGGAUAUCAAAGCGGUCAUUUUCAUCUUGAAGUCGGCCCUGAAGUUGCAGAGGGACAAUGCCGCCAGCGUUCUGGAGCGCUUCAAGAAGUUCAAGGAGCUGUGGAGCGAGGAUAAGGAGCGUGUCAUCAAGGCCUUCAUGGACAGCAAGCCGACCUUGAUGGAGAUCAAAAGUAAACUGCAGCACUACGAUGUGUUUCAAAGCCAAAUUGAGGAAAUCCAGAACGUCAUCGUUGUUGGGAUGAUUGAACUGUCAACGGAUCACUUAAAGGAGUCUCUCAGGAUUGAGGCUAAGGCCUGGAAGAGGCUCCUGUGCAAAUACCUGCGCAUCGAGUGCCGUAAGAACAUCAUCAACAUCAGCCUGCACACGCACAGGAGCUUCACGCAGCUGUCGCAUUCCGUCGAAAAUCUGGACGAUGUUCGCUGCGCCAUGAAGACACUGUCCAACCUGCGGGAUUCCGAAAUAAACACAGACAUAACGCUGAUUUCCACUCAAGAUGCCUAUGAAGUGCUGCUCCUUUACGAAGCUGAAAUGCCUGAGAAAGAAUCAGGAGAGGUGUACGGACUAGGCCGUUUCUUCACCAGGCUUCUGUCAAAGUCUAUAUCCGUUCAGGAUCAGCUUUUCUGCAUGCAGCCCAGCCUCAAGCAGGACCUGCUGGAGCACGUCAGCAUCUUUGAAAAAGAUGUCGACACUUUUAUAGACGACUAUGACAUUGCAGGCCCCAUGGUUGAAGGAAUAGAACCCAAAGAAGCCAGUUUAAGGCUCCAGAAAUUUCAGGCCAGGUUUUCUGAGCUGUGGCGAAACUUCACCACCUACAACUCCGGUGAACAGCUCCUCGGCCUGCCGGUCUCUGAUUAUGAAUGCCUUCAAAAUAAAAAGAAAGAGCUGGAUCUGCUACAGAAGCUCUACGGCCUGUACGACACUGUGAUGAAGACCAUCAAUGGUCACACCAAGCUCCUGUGGACACAAGUGGAUAUCGAUAAGAUCAAUAAUGAACUAAUGGACUUUCAGAACAGGUGCCGGCGGCUGCCCAAGGGCCUGAAGGAGUGGCAAGCCUUCAUGGACCUGAAGAAGACCAUCGACGACUUCAACGAGCUGUGUCCUCUGCUAGAAAUGAUGACCAACAAGUCGAUGAUCCGCAGGCACUGGGAUCAGAUUUCCAAUCUGACUGGUCACACGUUCGAGGUUGAGUCACCCACGUGCACGUUGGACAACAUCAUGGAGGCGCCACUGUUGAAGUACAAGGAUGACAUUGAGGACAUCUGCAUAUCCGCCGUGAAAGAGAGGGACAUCGAGGCCAAGUUGUCGGGCGUGAAAGCGGUGUGGCAUGAUAUGAACCUGACGCUGAUGGACUUCAAGGACAGGGGAGAGCUCAUGCUGCGAGGCAGCGAUACCACAGAGAUUCUCACUACUCUGGAGGACAGUCUGAUGGUGCUGGGAUCGCUGCUCAGCAACCGGUACUGCACGUUCUACAAAGCUGAGAUCCAGGACUGGGUCUCCAAGCUAUCUACGUCAACAGACGUCAUUGAGCAGUGGGUCAUCGUGCAAAACCUGUGGAUUUACUUGGAGGCCGUGUUCGUUGGAGGUGACAUUGCCAAAGACCUGCCUCAGGAAGCGGAGAGGUUUCAGCAAAUUGACUCAACGUGGAUCAACAUCAUGCAGCGAGCGCGGAACGUCCCAAAUGUGGUGGAGUGCUGUGUUGGGGAUCCAAUGUUAGGAGAGAUUCUACCAGAUCUUCAGAAACAACUGGACUUCUGUCAGAAGUCCCUCACAGGGUACCUCGAGAAAAAACGUCUCUUGUUCCCACGAUUCUUCUUCGUGUCUGAUCCCGCCCUCUUGGAAAUCCUCGGGCAAGCGAGCGAUUCUCACACAAUUCAGGCGCAUCUUCUUGGUGUGUUUGACAACGUAAAUGAAGUUGAGUUUGACGUCAAUGAGUACGACAGCAUUUUGGCUGUCUUGUCUCAAGAAUCCGAGAAACUGCCGCUGGACAAACCUAUCAUGGCUCAGGGUCCUGUAGAGCUCUGGCUGGGGAAGCUACUGAUGGAGCAGCAGUCGUCGCUGCACACGGUUAUCAAAGCGGCGGAUGACGUGAUCAACGACGAAGAUUUUGAGCUCAUAGGUUUCCUCGACAGGUUCCAAGCACAGGUGGGUCUCCUGGGAAUCCAAAUGCUCUGGACAAGGGACUCAGAGGAAGCCCUGGAAAAUGCAGAAUUCAGCAAGGAGGCGAUGAUCUUCACCAAAAAAAAAUUCCUGAACAUCCUCCGAUUGCUCAUCAAGCAGACCACCUACGACUUGACCAAAUUCGACAGAGUCAAGUAUGAGACCCUGGUCACCAUCCACGUGCACCAGUAUGACAUCUUUGAAGAGCUGGUGGCAAAAUCUGUCAAAUCUACCGGUGACUUUGAGUGGCUGAAACAAAGCAGGUUUUACUUCAAUGACAACGACAAGGUCAUCGUGUCCAUCACCAAUGUCGACUUUGUGUAUCAAAACGAGUUCCUCGGCUGCACCGACCGCCUGGUCAUCACCCCACUGACUGACAGGUGUUAUAUUACGCUGUCCCAGGCGCUGGGGAUGAGCAUGGGAGGAGCCCCUGCUGGGCCAGCUGGCACGGGAAAGACAGAGACCACGAAAGACAUGGGUCGGUGCCUGGGAAAAUAUGUGGUGGUUUUCAACUGCUCUGACCAAAUGGACUUCAGGGGACUUGGCAGGAUAUACAAAGGCCUUGCACAGUCAGGCUCGUGGGGCUGCUUUGACGAAUUCAACAGGAUUGACCUGCCGGUGUUGUCUGUGGCCGCUCAGCAAAUUUACAUCGUUCUGGUUGCUCGCAAGACGCACAAAAGCACUUUUGUCUUCACGGACGGUGACAUUGUGGACCUGAAUCCGGAGUUUGGACUUUUCAUCACUAUGAACCCCGGUUAUGCCGGUCGUCAGGAACUCCCUGAGAACUUGAAAGUGCAGUUCAGGACAGUCUCCAUGAUGGUGCCUGAUCGACAGAUCAUCAUGAGGGUCAAGCUGGCCAGUUGCGGAUUUAACGAGAAUGUCCUUCUAGCCCAGAAAUUCUUUGUGCUUUAUAAACUCUGUGAAGAGCAACUCACAAAACAGGUGCACUACGACUUUGGCCUGAGGAACAUCCUGUCCGUGCUGAGGACGCUGGGAGCCUGCAAGAGGGCGCGACCCGAUGACUCAGAGUCCAGCACUGUCAUGAGAGUGCUGCGUGACAUGAAUCUGUCUAAACUGGUGGAUGAGGACGAGCCUCUCUUUCUCAGUCUCAUCAAUGACUUGUUCCCUGGCAUCAAGCUAGACAACAGCACCUACAAUGAACUUCAGGCUGCAGUGAAGAAUCAAGUUGACCUCGCCGCUUUGGUUAACCACCCCAACUGGAACCUAAAACUAGUUCAGCUCUACGAGGCUUCCCUCGUGCGCCACGGCCUGAUGACGCUUGGGCCGAGCGGGGCGGGCAAGACGGCAGUCAUCAACAUCCUUAUGCGAGCGCUGACUGAGUGUGGAACACCGCACAGGGAGAUGCGCAUGAACCCUAAGGCUAUCACCGCGCCGCAAAUGUUCGGGCGUCUCGACGCUGCCACCAACGACUGGACAGAUGGCAUCUUCUCUACUCUAUGGAGGAGGACGCUUAAGGGCAAGAAAGGGGAGAUCAUAUGGAUCGUGCUGGACGGUCCUGUGGACGCCAUCUGGAUUGAGAACCUCAACUCCGUGCUGGAUGACAACAAAACCCUCACACUGGCAAACGGAGACCGUAUCACCAUGUCCCCAGCCUGCAAGCUGGUGUUCGAAGUGCACAACAUUGAGAAUGCCUCCCCGGCCACCGUAUCCCGUGUCGGGAUGGUCUUUAUGAGCUCCUCGGCUCUGAGCUGGGAACCCAUUCUCAAGGGAUGGACAAACAAGCGUAAUGCUGACGAAGCAGAGCAGAUCAUUUCUCUGUAUGGCAGGAUAUUUUGGGACGUUUAUUCAUUCAUGAGGCAGAGCCUCAAACCCAAAAUGCCAUUUUUGGAGUGUAACUACAUCAUGCAGUCUUGCAAUCUGCUGGAGGGCCUCAUCCCGACCAAGCAGAUGGGGGGUCUGGUCAACGACAAACACUUGGAGCGCCUCUUCAUCUUCGGCCUGAUGUGGAGUCUGGGCUCCCUUUUGGAGUUGGACGACCGAGACAAAAUGGAGGCUUUUUUCCGAGAUCACAGCAGCAACAUUGAUCUGCCUCACACGGAAGAAGGAGAGACUAUGUUUGAAUACAUGGUUGGGACAGAUGGUCAGUGGUGCCACUGGAACGAGCAUGUCGGGGAGUACGAGUAUCCGACUGAUCACGUGCCAGACUACGGUGCCAUCCUUGUGCCCAAUGUAGAUAACACCAGGACGGGUUUUUUACUGGAAACUAUUGCCUCGCAAUACAAGGCUGUCUUGCUGAUUGGUGAGCAAGGGACAGCCAAGACGGUGAUGAUUAAAAGCCACGCCAAGAAAUUUGACCCUGAGACAGACCUGUUCAAGUCACUCAACUUCUCCUCCGCCACAGAGCCCAUCAUGUUUCAGCGCACUGUGGAGAGCUACAUAGAGAAGAGAAUCGGCAGCACUUACGGACCGCCGGGCGGGCGCAGGAUGUCGGUCUUUGUUGAUGACAUCAAUAUGCCUCUUGUCAACGAAUGGGGAGAUCAGAUCACUAACGAGAUAGUCCGGCAAAUGAUGGAAAUGGGCGGCAUGUACAAUCUGGACAAACCGGGUGACUUCAUCACCAUCGUGGAUGUGCAAAUGCUGGCUGCCAUGAUUCACCCUGGCGGCGGGCGAAACGACAUCCCGCAGAGGCUCAAGAGGCAGUUUACCGUCUUCAACUGCACCCUGCCUUCCAAUACCUCCAUUGACAAGAUCUUCGGUGUGAUCGGCUGUGGCUAUUUCCACGAGUGCAGGAAGUUCAAGCCAGAGAUAACAACCAUGGUGAAGAAGCUUGUGUCAGCUGGGAGGAUUUUAUGGCAGUGGACCAAGAUAAAGAUGCUGCCCACGCCUUCCAAGUUCCACUAUAUCUUCAACUUACGAGACUUGUCCAGGAUCUGGCAAGGAAUGCUGAAGGUGGAGGCCGAGCAGUGCAACGACUUCAAAACCCUCAUAGCGCUCUUCAAGAGCGAAUGCACACGCGUCGUCGCUGACAGGUUCAUUUGCCCCGAGGACAAAGACUGGUUUGAGAACUCUAUAAACCGCGUGGUCAAAGAGCACGUCGACACCAGCCUCGUCACAUUGAUCCACAAGGAGCCGUACUUUGUCGACUUCCUGCGAGAAGCCCCUGAACCGACCGGCGAGGAGGAUGAAAACGCUUGCUUCGACGCACCCAAAAUUUACGAGCUCGUCCCCACAUUUACAUUCCUCGAGGAGAAGCUAAUGUUCUAUGAGAUGAAGCACAACGACGAAGUGAGGGGCUCGCACAUGGACUUGGUGUUCUUCACAGAUGCCAUGACUCACCUCGUUAAGAUCUCACGGAUCAUUUGCACAGACAUUGGCAACGCCCUGCUCGUGGGCGUGGGAGGAUCCGGAAAGCAGAGUUUGACUCGUCUGGCCUCAUACAUAGCCGGAUACGAAGUGAGCCAGAUCACACUGACCAAGUCUUACAAUAUAUCAAAUUUCAUGGAAGAUCUGAAAAAGUUGUACAAAUCAAGCGGGGCUGAAGGCCGCGGCAUCACGUUCCUUUUUACUGACAAUGAAAUAAAACAGGAGGCCUUUCUGGAGUACCUCAACAAUGUUCUCUCGUCUGGAGAGGUCUCCAACCUUUUUGCAAAGGACGAGAUCCAAGAGAUCACCCAAAAUCUGGUCCCGGUGAUGAAAAAGGAAUUUCCCCGUAUUCCGCCCACUUUCGACAACCUCUACGACUACUUCAUAUCGCGGGCGCGAAAGAAUCUGCACGUCGUCUUGUGCUUCUCGCCGGUGGGACCAAAGUUUCGCUCCAGGUCUCUGAAGUUCCCAGGCUUGAUAUCUGGCUGCACAAUGGACUGGUUCGCCCCGUGGCCCGAGGAUGCGCUAGUGGCGGUGGCUCAACACUUCCUGUCAGAAUUUCCUGUGGUUUGCUCUCCAGAGGUUAAAGCCUCCAUGGUGACCACCAUGGGCGUGUACCACCGCAAAGUGUCUGAGACGUGCGAAAGCUACUUCGAACGAUUCAGGAGGAGAACUCAUGUCACCCCGAAAUCGUACCUCUCUUUCAUCAGUGGCUACAAGACACUCUACCAUCAAAACCACGAGCAUAUUAACACGCUCGCCGAGCGCAUGAAUGUCGGGUUGAACAAACUGAUGGAGGCUAGCGUGUCUGUGGCAAAGCUCUCCAAAGAGCUAGAAGUCAGUGAGAAAGAGUUGGUUGUGGCCUCUGCCAAAGCUGACAAGGUAUUAGCUGAGGUGAUGAUCCGAACUGAGGCGGCCACUAUAAUCAAGAACGAGGUCCAGAUUGUGAGCGAUAAAGCCCAGAUGAUUGUCAACGAAAUCACGGAGGAGAGGGCCUAUGCCGAGGAAAAACUAGAGGCGGCCAAGCCUGCAUUGCAAGAGGCCGAAAAUGCACUGAAUACCAUUAAGCCUGCUGAUAUCGCCACUGUGAGGAAACUGGCCAAGCCUCCACAUCUGAUCAUGAGGAUCAUGGACUGCUGCCUGUUGUUGUUCCAAAGAAAGGUGGAGACCGUUAUCGUGGAUCCCAAUUUGGGGACCUGUAUCAAACCGUCGUGGACGGAUGCGCUCAGGCUGAUGGGCAGCACGGGCUUCUUGACGUCGCUGCAGCAGUUCUACAAGGACAAGAUCAACGAGGAGACCGUGGAGCUGUUGCAGCCCUACUUUGAUAUGGAGGACUACACCAUGGAAAACGCCAAGAAGGUAUGCGGCAGCGUGGCCGGGCUGCUCGCGUGGACCAGGGCUAUGGCCACCUUCUACGACAUCAACAAGGAAGUGCUGCCACUCAAGGCAAAUCUGGUAGUUCAACAAGUGCGCUACAAAAAGGCCAGCUCUGAGCAAAUGGCAGCUCAGGCCACGCUGGCCGAUAAGGAAGCCGAGCUCGGCCUGGUGCAGGCGAAGAGCGACGCCGCUAGCAAAGAGAAGCAGGAAUUGCUGGAUCGUUCCGAGAUGUGUAAGAACAAAAUGCAGGCCGCCUCAGACCUAAUCGGUGGACUGAGUAACGAGAAAGUUCGCUGGACUCAGCAAAGCAAAGAAUUUAAAUCGCAGAUCAAAAGACUGGUCGGCGAUGUCCUGCAGCUCACCGGUUUCCUGUCAUACUGUGGCCCCUUCAACCAGAAUUUCCGCGACAUGUUGCUGGACAUGUGGAAGAACGAGCUGGUGUCCAACCAAAUCCCCUUCACGGAAGACCUCAACCUGAUCGCCACGCUGGUGGACGCUCCUACUAUCAGCGAGUGGAAUCUUCAGGGGCUGCCCGGAGAUGACCUGUCGGUGCAGAAUGGCAUCAUCGUCACCAAAGCGUCAAGGUAUCCUCUCCUGGUCGAUCCCCAGACUCAGGGAAAGACUUGGAUCGCUGCAAAGGAAAAGGCCAAUAACCUGCAGCUGACGUCCCUCAACCACAAGUUCUUUCGUACGCAUUUAGAGGACUCCAUAUCCUUGGGCAGGCCGCUACUUAUCGAAGAUGUGGGCGAGGAGCUGGACCCCGCCCUUGACAACGUCCUGGAGAAAAACUUCUUCAAGUCUGGUUCCAACUUUAAGGUGAAAGUGGGAGACAAAGAUGUGGAUGUGUCCAACAAGUUCCGGCUCUACAUUACCACCAAACUGCCAAAUCCGUCGUACACUCCGGAGGUGAGCGCCAAGACGUCCAUCAUUGACUUCACUGUCAACAUGAAAGGCCUGGAGGACCAGCUGCUGGGCCGCGUCAUCCUUGCUGAAAAAAAGGAACUAGAGAACGAGAGACUGAAACUCAUUGAGGAUGUAACAUCCAACAAGAGGAAGAUGCAGGAGCUGGAGGACAACCUGCUGUACAAACUUAGCACCACUAAAGGCUCUUUGGUGGACGACGACUCUAUGAUUGGCAUCUUGAGCACGACCAAGCAAACGGCCGCCGAGGUGAGCAUCAAGCUGAGCGUCGCGGCCGAGGCGGAGGAGAAAAUCAAGGCGGCGCAGUCAGAGUACCGUGCAGUGGCGUGCCGAGGUAGCAUCCUUUACUUCCUCAUCACCGAGAUGAGCAUGGUCAACGUCAUGUACCAGACCUCCCUCAGUCAGUUCCUCAAAAUCUUCGACAUUUCACUGGCCAGGUCAGAGAAGUCUGCCAAAACGAGCAAACGAAUUGCCAACAUCAUCGAAUACUUGACGUUCGAAGUGUUCAGGUACACGGUGAGAGGGCUGUACGAAAAUCACAAGUUCAUCUUCACGAUGCUCAUGGCCCUCAAGAUCGACCUGCAGAAUGGCAGGAUACAGCACAGCCAAUUUCAGACUCUUAUCAAAGGUGGCGCUGCACUUGACCUGAAGGCGUGCCCCCCGAAACCCUUCAGCUGGGUCCUCGACAUUGUGUGGCUGAACCUAGUGGAACUCAGUAAACUGCCGCAGUUUUCGAACAUCCUCAAUCAGGUGGGUAAGGGUGGAAAGCAUUGGAAAGUGUGGGCCAAUGGCGAUGCCCCGGAGGAAGGUGUCAUCCCAGAUGGUUACAACAAUCUGGAGGUCUUCAGUAAACUCAUGCUAAUCAGGUCCUGGUGUCCGGACCGCACCUUGGCUCAGGCCAGGAAGUACGUGGGAGACUCCUUGGGCGUCAAGUUCGCCGAGCCCGUCCUACUGAACCUGUUGGGCACGUGGGAGGAGAGCGACAUCCGCACGCCGCUCAUCUGCUUCCUCUCCAUGGGCUCGGAUCCCACCAACCAAAUAGAAGCCCUCGCCAAGAAGCUCAAUAUUGGAUGUAAGUCGAUCUCCAUGGGGCAAGGGCAAGAGGUGCACGCAAGGAAGCUUGUCAGUACCUCAAUGGUGGAGGGAGGUUGGGUGCUCCUGCAGAACUGUCACUUGGGCCUGGAGUUCAUGGACGAAUUGUUGGAGACCGUCACAGUCACAGAGACCGUCCAUAAAACCUUCAGGGUGUGGGUCACCACUGAACCACACGACCUCUUCUCUAUCACACUCCUACAGACGGCUAUCAAGUUUACCAACGACCCGCCGCAGGGACUUCGCGCCAGCUUGAAGCGAACCUUCGUGAGCAUCUCGCAAAACCAGCUGGAAGUCAGCAACCUGCCGACAUGGAAGCCGCUGCUGUACGGCGUGGCCUUUUUGCACUCUGCCGUACAGGAACGGCGUAAAUUUGGCCCGCUGGGAUGGAACAUUCCGUAUGAGUUCAACUCUGCGGACUUCACAGCCAGCGUGGAGUUUGUGGAAAGACACCUGGAUGACUGCGGGCCCAGAAAGGAUGUCUCCUGGGUGACUCUGCGCUACAUGCUAGCUGAAGUGCAGUACGGAGGCAGGGUCACUGAUGACUAUGACAAGCGGCUGCUCAAAUGUUUUGCUCGGGUAUGGUUCAGUAAAAAAAUGUUGGACCCAUCCUUCUGCUUCUACACCGAGUACCAAAUCCCCAUAUGUAAAACCAUCGAGGAGUAUGUGGACUACAUUCAGGGCUUGCCUGCUGUGGACUCCACGCAAGCACUCGGGCUGCACCCCAACGCUGACAUCGUCUACCAGAGAAAUACCUCGGCUGAAGUGCUCGACACCAUCACCAACAUCCAGCCCAAGGAGAGCGGCGGUGGGUCGGGGGCCACCCGAGAGAGCAUCGUGUACGCCAUGGCUGAGGACAUGCUGGAGAAGCUGCCGCGUGACUACAUACCUCACGAGGUCAGAGCCAAUCUGAAGAAGAUGGGGCCUCUUAACCCCAUGAACAUCUUCUUGCGCCAGGAGGUGGACCGCAUGCAGAGGAUCAUCUCUGUGGUGCGCAGCACUCUGCUGGAUCUCAAGCUGGCCAUCGAGGGCACUAUCAUCAUGAGCGAGACCCUGCGUGACGCCCUGGACAACAUCUUUGACGCCCGUGUGCCCAACCUGUGGCGGAAGCUCUCGUGGGAGUCUACCACAAUCGGGUUCUGGUUCACUGAGCUCCUGGACAGGAACAGACAGUUUUACAGCUGGGUGUUUUCACGGCGGCCAAAAACCUUUUGGAUGACCGGUUUCUUCAACCCACAGGGUUUCCUCACUGCCAUGAGGCAAGAGGUAACCAGGGCAAACAAAGGCUGGGCUCUGGACUCGGUCACCCUGAAUAACAAAGUCCUGAAGAAGACCAAGGAGGAGAUCAAGGCCGAUCCAGACGAAGGGGUGUACGUUCACGGCCUGUUCCUGGAGGGCGCCGACUGGGACAAGAAGCACUCGGUCCUCUGCGAGUCGGCGCCCAAAGUGCUCUUUACGCCCUUGCCCGUCAUCCACAUGUUCGCCAUCAACUCCACCGCCCCCCCUGACCCCAAGUACUAUGUGUGCCCCAUUUAUAAGAAACCCAAGCGCACUGACCUUAAUUACAUCACUGCCGUGGUGCUCGGCACCACUCACCCACCCGACCACUGGAUCAUGCGGGGCGUCGCCCUCCUCUGUGACAUCAAAUGAGUACAUAGACAUCAGCGUUCAUUGUCUCACACUUUGUUGUCAGCUUCUUUUAUGAAAUAUAAUUCAUGUUCAGCCGACGUCUUUUGGGUUGCAAGAACACAGCUCACGCUUCUUUUUGGAUGUGUUUGUCACAGCACUUGACAUCUCAAAAUAGUCCCGAAAUGAAAUCUUCUUUUUCGGGUUUAAUAAACAAUUGAACAACAUUUUAGGGUCAUCCUUAAAUUUCACCCGAAAGUCCAAUAUCCUGAACUUGUUGUGAGUACUAUAUAUCAAAAAUAAAAUAAUACAUACUCAAAAAAUAAUAAUUUUUAAUUAUAUGCAUAUAAUCACUGUCGAAAAAUCUCCUGAUUUGUGAAUUAUAUACGUACAAAAACGGGACUGCAUUUCGGAUAGAAAUGAGUUGUAAAAUUGCAAAAUUGAGUGUCAUCAAAAGCAUGUAUUGCCACAAUUUGAAAAGUUCUAUUAAAAAAAUUUUCUUUUUGUGUUUUGUAUUUUUAAAAAAAUACACAAUUUGGGAAUACAUGCAUAUCGUGACUGUACCCCACACCACCCCAAAAAUUAUGUAUCUCCAAACAGUGUAUUUGUAUAUUUAAAAAAUAAUAAUUAUCUGUUUUGGGUUUAAUGAUUACAAAAUCACAACAUUUCAAGUCACCAAAAACAUGUAUCUCCACAAUUUGAAAAGUUCUAUUUAAAAUAACAACAGCAACACAUUUAAAUGUUAUUUUUUGUGUUUUGAAUUUAAUAAAUCUAUAUACAAAAUUUGGGAAUACAUGUAUACCAUGACUGUCCCCCCCAAAUAUUUAUAUAUAUCCAAAUAGUGUAUUUAUAUCCCCCCAGUCUUUUGGAUUUAUUGAUUGCAAAAAAAUCACAAAAUUUUGAGUCAACAAAAGCAUAUAUCGCCACUAUUUUUUAAAUUAUUAUUAUUUAGAAACAACAACAACAAACACUUUUUAAAAACUAUCAUUUUGUUUCAGAUGAAAAUGAAACAAAAUUGCUCACAAAAUUUUGGGAUAUGUGCAUAUAGUGACUGCCCCCCAUUUGGUUGCUAGUUGUAGUAUGCGAUGGUACUGAGAGCUGUUUUUAUUUUGGUUAUUGUGCCAUAAUAUAGUCCUUUCAGCCACA